AUGAGAGUUAUCAAUGAAAACAUUGAAUUACAAGAAGUGAUGGAAAGAUCGGAUGUAAGAGAAGAGUCGGUAAGAGUAUCACAAGUGAUAAGAAGUGGAGAUUUUGAUAGCGUUUCACUAAUUGUCCACAAAUUGAGUAAAAAAGUAAAUCGGAAGACAAUAUUAGUGAAUGAGUUAUCGUUUUUGGUGAACAGAAGUGAAUGUUUGGGUUUAUUGGGAACCAAUGGUUCGGGAAAGACAUCAACCUUUAGACUACUCACAGGAGAUCUGGACUCAGACUCCGGUAACGCAUACUUGGGCUCAGACGCAGACCUGAGGGUAAAGACACAGAAAUAUUUCUCACGAAUCGGUUAUUGUCCACAAAAUGACGCCCUUUUGGAUCCGUUGACAGGAAUACAAACUCUUGUAUUCUUUGCCAGAAUUCGUGGUCUCGAGAGACAGACUUACGACACAUUCAUUACAAACAUAAUAAAUAAGUUUGAAAUGAAAGCAAUAAUCAACAAAAAGGUUUCCACUUAUAGCGGAGGUAACCGUCGAAAGCUGUCUCUGGCGGCGGCACUGAUGGGCACUCCCGGGCUAUUACUGCUCGACGAACCCACUAAUGGUGUCGACCCCUUCUCUCGGCUCAAAAUAUACAGAAUAUUAAAUGAUUUAAUGAUUUCAUCAAACAUUUCAAUACUCUUAACGUCUCAUAAUAUGAUUGAAUGCCAGAUAUUAUGCAAUCGUUUGGCGAUUCUCUCGAAAGGUGUCAUAAAAACUAUUGGAUUCACUGAUGAACUGAAAACUAGAUAUGCCGUAGGAUUUGAUAUCAUUGUUAAAGUGAAUAGAGAUUCAAAUGAAGAAAUCAUUGAAACACUGAAAAGUCGGAUGAGACAAAUAGGACUAUUUGGUGUCAAACUCUUCGCUACAACAGUCGGCGAUGCUAUGGGUUGGGCAGCGGCUGCAGUGGGCGCGAUGUCGGGGGUGGGGGUCACAGCGGGACCAGUAAUUGGCGGAAUUGCGGUGAUCACACCAUUGGCAGCUACGCUGACCGGCGGGGGUGUUUCGGGUGCUUUAGGUUUCCGAGAGGAACUUCUCCUUCAACGAGCUGUAAACCACUGCUGUCUUGUCCUUAACCUUAAUCGCUGUCGCUUUGGUCUUAAAGGCGCCGGCACUGGCCUUCUGUCCCAUCCAUUCCUUGGUUUUGUCCGAAAUGAUCAUUUGUCUCGCCUUCUUGAGAGCGGGCGCCGGUGUUGUAGUUGUCGUUGUCGAUGGAGUGGUGGUCGAGAACUAUAUGUGUUUGACUCGUCGUACGAACCCAUACCGAAGUCCCCGUCGGCGGCAAACUUAAGCACUUUGUCCUCUUCUUGCGAUUCACCCGAUGUUUUGCUUUUUCUUUUGGCCAAAGACUUGGUCUCUGCCGCCUCUUCUUCCUCUUCAUCUUCCGCUUCAAUCAUCACUUUCUUAGAGCGGCUGCUUUACGUGAGAUGGAUGUUCGUUGUGAUAGAUGUGAUUGUAUUGGUGUCCAUAAUGUGGAAGGCGUACAUGUUUUAUGAUAUUCAAAAACAUAAGAAGCAAAAAGUGACUGUAUCAGUGAAGCCUUUUACGACAACUAAGAAAGAAAAUAUUUAA